AAGGUCAGGGUUGAGUUUAAAUUCCCUUGCUAGAUAACCAAUAAAAAUAGCAAGGUUUGUAAUGUAGAUGAUAGAGAAGCAAGUGACGUCUAUGUGGGUUUAGUGAUGCAGCACUGUUCAACUAUAGGAACAUUUUCUGCUCGCUAGUCGUGCCUCCUGAGCUGCGCAUCUGGAUCGAGAGAGGAGGAGAGGAAGAGAGGAUGGAGCAUAGCGGUACACACCGCGUGUGAUCUGACAUUCAGACGGAACGAUGCGGCGAAUAGACUACAUCCUAAAUUAUAGCUUUGUAGAGCUAGUAGGCUAUAAUUUCAACAUGGUUGCAGCGUAGUAGCAUAAAGACGACAUAUGCAUUUGUACAUCGUGAUAAGAGUGUAGAAUCCAUCACAGUAGGAGGAGGAGGAUGGGCUCUCAAGUGGUACAGACUCUGCGUCAGGGUGUUUGGGCAUCACUUACCGGAGGAUGGUACCAUGACCCGGACCAGAACAAAUUCAAUAACUCCUGUCACCUGUAUUUGUGGAUGUUCCUUCUUAUGUUGCCGCUAUCGCUGCAUUUGGCUCUUCCACCAACCGCCAUGGCCCUUAGUAUAUACUGCACUUCAGUCACCAUCUUCUUCAUCACGAUAAAAAUGGUCAACUAUCGCCUCCAUGUUAUGUUUGAUAAAGGUGACGUGGUGCCCCCAAGUAUCUCUGAUGUCCUCCAAAGUGCAGAGAAUAAAAGCAAUGCCUCAGAUUCAUGUCUUCCAGCUAAAUUACGGAAAAGCAGCACGGUUCCUGACAGUGUUGCCAUGACAAUGUUGACCAGAAACAGUCCAGUCAUCCAGGUUACAGUUAAACAGACAGAGACAGACCCUGGGUUGAUAGGAGUGGAGUGUCCAAAAUCAGAAGAUUUAAAGAAUACUGAAGCCCAGAGUGACAGUAUUCCUGAGGCAAAACAACCUAGAGUGGGCCUGCGCCCUGAGGAGGAGCUCUCACCAGAAAGCCCCAACCCUGAGCAGGACGCCCCGCUUUUACUGGGGGAGCAGAAGCCUGUGGCUGACAGGGAGGCCGCUGACGAGGGAUUGCCCUCCUCCAAGGGUAGUGAUGAAGACAGUGGAGAGGAGACAGGGCUGGAGAAACAGCUUCGACAGGACCCCAACAACAACUCCCUGGAGGUAAUUCAGGAGAGUGUUGACCCACUCCCAUCUUCCCUUCAGAACGACCAGCCGGAGGAGACGUACUGUUCGGACGAGAUUGCUGUGGUCUUAGUGGACAACUCCGGGCCGUCAGCCCGCCUGGAUGAGAGCGACACGGUCAAAAUCAUCAUCACCAUGAGCUGCGAUCCUCAGACGGCGGCAGAGCUGGAGGAGUCGGUCAAGCAGAGCAUCCUGGAGUCUGCCCAGGCACAGAUGGCCAUUGAUCCCAACGAAGGGGACGUUGCCGACUGCGUUGUCAAAAUCCCUGUUAUCACCUUUGACUCACCUGAGGGCGAUGAAGGCAGCGGCGGAGAGAACGAAGGGGAACACUUGUCUGAGGAGGACGCCAUCCGGCGGCAGACCCCGAGCCCGGAUGGCCAGAUCACCAAAGAGCUGAUGAGUGCUGAUUCGGCUGCUAUGGAUUGCCGAGAUUUAGAGUACAACGAGGCGGACCUGGAACACCCGAGCCCCCAGCUGACCACGGCGGACAACAGCUCGUCCGGCAUCGAUGUGCACUCCCACCCCGACGAGAACGACCCCCCGGACCUGAGUGUGGACGCAGAAGGGUUCCUACGGAUCCCGUCCGCCUCCGGGAAGCACGGCCCAGGGGGCAGGACUCACGUGCGUGGCCUGAGCGUGGACAGCGGGAAGGACGCCGCCCUGGUGGCAGAUGGAUCGCAGAGGAAACAGAUCACCAUGACCUCGUCUAAGUCGGACCUGGAGGCCAAGGAGGGCCAGAUCCCCAACGAGUCAAAUUUUGUGGAGUUUGUAUCCCUGCUGGGGUCCAUUAACAGCACAAGGGGAGGCAGUGGCAGUGAGAACCCACCCGAGGAGGCGACAGAGGAGGGGAACAGAGCCGUGGAGAAAGAGGACAUCACUGUAAAAAUUGAGGAUAACACAGAGGCGAAAUGCCAGAAGGAGCGACCAAACCCUCCCAAUACUCUGGGCACAACAGACACCCUCCAGACUGUCCCUGAAACACGCAUCCCCAUUGUGUCUCCAGACAGUUUGUCCUCUACUCUCAGUCCCCAGACAGACAGAGAGAAAGACCCAGAGUACGACUCGCUGCCAUCCCAGACAUCUCAGUCAGAGAGCUCCAUGCUCCAGGUCAUAUGCAGGCCAGAGGCCACCAACAAGGAGGAUGCAUACACUUUCCAUACAGUUCACAGGGACAGGCCUCGUAAGCUCUAUGCAGAGAGAGCGCUAAACCUACCGCUGGGUGCUGAACUUAUCACAGGCAACAUGUGCGAUCUCCUGUCAACUUCCUCCAACUCAGAGUUCCAGGACGUGCUGGUGGGUGGAUACAGCGACGGCCCCUUCCCGCGCCCCAUCCCCCCUUACAGGCUCCGGCCUCGAAGAACCCACCCCGAAAUCUUCCAGGAGGACUCCAUUGAGGAGUCUUCAGAGACGUCCACACAGGAAAAGCCCUCUCGUAAGCUGUACUACAAGCUCAAGCUUUUCCCUGGGAAGUGGGUGAACAUCUUGUACGACCGGCUCACCUUGUUGGCCCUAUUGGACAGGAACCAGGAUGUGGUUGAGAACAUAGCGGCCGUGUUUCUGGCCUUCCUGGUGGCCUUCCUGGGGUUCGUCCUGCUCAACCACGGCUGCUUCAAAGACAUCUGGAUUUUUCAGUUCUGUGUGGUCAUCGCCAGCUGCCAGUAUUCAUUGUUAAAGAGUGUCCAACCUGAUGCCGCCUCACCAACACAUGGACACAAUCAGAUUGUUGCCUAUAGUCGAGCUGCUUAUUUCUGUAUUUUCUGUGGCCUUAUUUGGAUUCUGGAACAGAUGUUAAAGAGAAAGGAUUUGCCAGUGUCCACUGUAUAUGGCAUUACAAUAGUAUUAGCAGACGCUCUCAAGUUCCUCCGAGACAUUUUAGUAGGCAUCACCUACUGCUUUCCAAUAACGUUUCUCGUUGGCCUGUUUCCACAAAUCAACACCUUUACGAUUUACCUCCUCGAACAAAUAGACAUGCAUUUCUUUGGCGGAACAGCUGCAACUGGACUCCACUCAGCUGUGUAUAGCAUAUUCCGGAGUCUGACUGCGCUGUCCUUGCUGUACGGGUUCUGUUUUGGAGCUCUGAAGGAGCCCUGGGAAGAACAGCACACCCCGGCCCUCUUCUCUGCAUUCUGUGGCUUGCUGGUGGUUCUCUCCUACCAUUUGAGUGGGCAGAGCAGUGACCCGUCUGUACUGAUGUCACUGAUCAAGUCCAAAGUGAUGCCUGCUCUUGAAGACAGUGAGAAAGAGGACAAAGACUCCGAAGGCAUCAAUGACCCUCUACCCGAGAAGCUCAUGAAUUCAGUGAAGGAGAUUCUUCUUUCGGAUCUAGUGGUCUGCUCCAUUGCCUACAUUUUAACCUUUGCCAUCACCGCAAGCACUGUUUUCCUGUCCCUGAGGCCUUUUGUCACCAUAGUGCUGUAUGCAUUGGCAGGGACUGUGGGUGUUGUCACCCACUAUCUUAUACCUCAGUUACGGAAGCACCACCCUUGGCUUUGGAUCUCACACCCAGUUCUAAAGAGCAAGGAGUACUCCCAGUUUGAGCCCAGAGAUGAUGCUCAGUUGAUGUGGUUUGAGCGUCUUUAUGUGGGCCUGCUGUGUUUUGAGAAAUAUGUGGUUUACCCAGCCAUCAUUUUGAGUGCUCUCACCAAUGAUGGCUUUGCACUCAGUCACCGCAAGAAGCUAGGCAUCCACUGUGAUGUCUUGUUGAUGACAGUUGCUGGGAUGAAGCUACUCCGCGCCUCCUUCUGCAAUCCCAGCUUCCAGUUUGUCACUCUCAUCUUCACCAUCGUCUUCUUUGAGUUCGACUGCAGCAGAGCCUCAGAGACCUUUCUGCUGGACUUCUUCAUCAUGUCCAUUGUCUUCCAUAAGCUCAGGGAUCUGCUUCUCAAGCUCCACUUCAUCAUGGUCUACAUAGCGCCGUGGCAGAUCGCUUGGGGCAGCGCCUUCCACGCAUUUGCUCAACCUUUCGCUGUGCCUCACUCAGCCAUGUUGCUGGUGCAGACGUUUGUCACAACUCUGUUCUACACACCUCUCAGCCCCUUCUUGGGCAGUGCUAUCUUCAUCACCUCCUACCCAAGGCCCAUCAAGUUCUGGGAGAGGAACUACAAUACCAAACGCAUUGACAACUCUAAUAGCAGACUGGUAUCUCAGGUGGAUAAAGAGACAGGAUGUGAUGACAACAACCUGAAUUCCAUCUUCUAUGAGUAUCUCACACGCUCCCUGCAGCACUCUCUGUGUGGUGACUUGAUGCUGGGACGCUGGGGGAAUUACAGCUCCGGGGACUGCUUCAUCCUGGCCUCCGAUUACCUCAAUGCAUUCGUUCACCUCAUUGAGAUUGGCAAUGGCCUGGUCACCUUCCAGCUACGAGGCCUGGAGUUCAGAGGCACUUACUGCCAGCAAAGGGAGGUGGAGGCCAUCACUGAGGGGGUGGAGGAGGAUGGCGCCUGUUGCUGCUGUGAGCCGGGGCACCUGCCGCACGUCCUGUCUUGCAACGCGGCCUUCAACCUGCGCUGGCUGGCCUGGGAGGUCACCACCACCAAGUACCUGCUGGAGGGCUACAGCAUCAGCGAAAACAACGCCGCCACCAUGCUGCAGGUGUACGACUUGCGCAAACUGCUCAUCACCUACUAUCUAAAGAGCAUCAUCUACUACCUGAUCCAGAUCCCCAAGUUACAGACGUGGAUCAAGGACCCGUCUAUCACAGAGUCUCUGGUGUCCUACACUAAGUGGCACCACAUAGAGAGAGACCCGGCUGUGUUCAGCGUCAAGAUCGAUGAGGACUAUGUCCACUGCCUCCAAGGUGUCACCAGGGCCAGCUUCUGUAAUGUUUAUCUGGAGUGGAUCCAGUACUGUGCCAGCAAAAUGGAGGAGCCUGUGGACUGUGAUGAGGACUCCCCCCUGGUCACCCUGUGCUAUGCCUUGUCUGUGCUGGGUAGAAGAUCACUGGGGACAGCAUCUCACAACAUGUCCAACAGUUUGGAGUCUUUCUUGUAUGGGUUCAACACCCUGUUCAAAGGAGACUUCCGCAUCGCCACUAAGGAUGAGUGGGUGUUCACCGACAUGGACCUGCUCCAGAAAGUGGUUGCCCCAGGCGUGAGGAUGAGUCUCAAGCUCCACCAGGAUCACUUCACAUGUCUGGAGGAGACGGAGGAGCCGGCAGUCUUGUAUGAGGCCAUCAGUAACUACAAGACCAGCCUUGUGAUUUGCCACGAGAGCGACCCCGCCUGGAGGAAGGCAGUACUGUCCAGUCGGGACACACUGCUCACGUUAAGACACAUGGUGGACGACGGCACAGACGAGUACAAGAUCAUUAUGCUCUACAAACGCCACCUCAGCUUCAAGGUGAUCAAGAUCAACAAGGAGUGCGUGAGGGGCCUGUGGGCUGGUCAGCAGCAGGAGCUGGUGUUCUUACGCAACCGCAACCCGGAGCGUGGCAGCAUCCAGAACUCCAAGCAGGCCCUGCGGAACAUGAUCAACUCGUCGUGCGACCAGCCACUGGGCUACCCCAUGUAUGUGUCCCCACUUACCACCUCCUACAUGGGCACCCACAAGCAGCUGAGGAGAAUCUGGGGCGGCCCUCUCAGCCUGGACAGCAUCAGGGGCUGGAUCUUCUCCAGGUGGCUGAGGGUGCGGAAGGAUAAUCUAACCAGCUGUAACAGUGGGGUGAACAUAGAAGACGUGGACUGUGGAGGUGGCUCCUCUUCUCUGAGCAACAACCCAAACUCCAUCACUUCCCAGAGUCUGAGUAUGUACCAGGCUAGACCCAACCGGACACCCCACGCCAAUAGACAGCACUCUGCAGCCAGGAGGGAGUACAGGAGCCGCUCCGUGCAGCCGCAGACACAGCGGCCCCCAGUUACCAGCCAAUCGGGGCCCAUCCUGGACAGUCAGCAGGUGUCAGCUUCGGCUAAUGGCCUGGUGCAGCGACUCUCCAACAGCCAGUUGUCUUUCAACACCUCCAUCGCCUCGAUCUUCUCCCAGGUGCCUCGACUCUCCACGGCCGGGGGCCAGCUGAGCUCCCAGCUCCAGGCGGCUCACCACCGCUCAAGCCAGGUGUCCUCCUCCAGCUCCACCCUCAGCCUGCUGUUUGGCAAGAGAAGCUUCUCCAGCGGAUUAGUGAUCUCCGGCCUGUCGGCGGCCGAGGGUGGCAACACCACGGACACUCAGUCUUCCAGCAGCGUUAACAUCGCUAUCGGCGGACCCUCCUGCAGGUCCAGCAGCCGAGCCACACAGUGGACCUCGGAACCCUACGAGAGUAUGGACGUAACCAACUCCAACACUCCAAGCGUCGUGAAAUGCAACACGCCGUCAAGUGAAAAAGGCUGCACACAGGGCACGGAGAAGAGCCAAGAAGACACGACCGCGUCCGCAAGCCACGAACUUCCAGAGCAAAAAACGAUCUGAGACACCGACACCUGCCUCACUAACACAGCAUGUUCAGCCCCAGUGUUCUGAAUGUAACACAACCAUGCCUGUUGCUCCAGUGACAAAAUAAACAGAUACUUUUUAUUUUUUAAAAGACCAAGGUGGGUUGUCCAAAGGAUUGUGAAGUGUGUGGUUGCAUUAAGUGUACUAAAAACUCCAAAUGUUUAACGGAUUAAACAAAUGUAAUGGGCCAGGGGUCAGUGGAUCACUGGGUUUAUUCCAUCCUGUCAAGCAACCGUGUAAAAGAAUCACUUGUGUUAUUUGUACCACAAACAUAUCACUCUGAGGAUAUAUCUGGUGCAUGACAUAUGGACACCUUCCAUGACUGAUGUUCAUUUUUAACCAUGCACUCAGUGUACCAAUAAAAAAAAACACCUAACCAAUAGGUGCUUAAACAAUGUUC